CUAAUUUUAGAUAAUAUCUCGAGACAUUUUAGAAUCCAAUGAUUUCGUUAGUGUACUUCAUAAUCGCCCACCGCUAGUAUUAUCAACUAUGUACUAUCUAGAUUCUAGUGAAUAUUUAAAUUUGAUAAUAUAAAAAAUAAAACAAAGCUUUCAUUAUUUAAUCAUUUAUUAUCUUACAAGUCUUAGGAAAAGAGCGUGUCGGCAUCCCUUAUACUCCAUAUCAUAAUAUUUUUCGUAAAAGUCUUGCACCAACUCCUCGACCUGAGAACAAAACAAACAAUAAUGUCCAUUGAAAUAUUUCAGGUAAAAUGUGAUACUUGCUCAGAAAUUGUACACGAACCGUUUAUAGAGUGUUGUGAGUGCGAUUGUAACCUGUGUUGUGCUUGUUUUUCAUCUGGGAAACAAAUAGGCAAUCAUAAAAACAGUCACAACUAUGCCAUAAGACGAAAUGAUUUCCCACUUUUUGAUAAUUGUAAUUGGUCAGCUAAAGAAGAAUCUAGACUUUUAUCUGCACUAUCCAUAUAUGGUUUUGGCAACUGGGAAGAAAUAGCCAAAUACGUACACACUAGAUCUAAACUGGAAUGUCAGGAACAUUACAAGAAGUAUUACAUUGAAAAUGUCCAGUACGAAGCACUGAAACUAUUACCAGAAACAAAGCAAUCCUUAUUCCCGAAGCCUGCAACACCAUAUUUAUUCAAUUUAGAUAUAAGUAUAAAUCCACCAAGAAAUAAUCAGGCAGAUCCACACCUGGCUGGGUAUAAUGCUUUCCGUUCUGAAUUCGAAUUCAACUAUGAUCACAAUGCAGAAGGUAUAUUUAAUAUCGAAGAUUCACACUCAGAGGAUGAGGAUGAUGAUUGCAUGGAUGCAUUAAAGGUUAGUCUAGUGAGUGCUUUAAACACAAGAUUUAAAGAAAGACAGCGCAGGUAUGAAAUAAUACAAAAUCAUGGUCUUAUAAUGCCCAAUAAACUCUUAUCUUGGCUGAAAAGUUAUGAGGGUACAGCUACAGGGAGGAAAGUUGAAAGAUUUAUAUCAUUCAUGCAGUUCAUGACGGGAAUGCAAUUUGAUUCUUUUAUUGUAUCUCAAUAUUUGGAAGAUGAUUUGCUUCAAACAAUAAGUAAGCUAUGUAAUUAUCGUGCUAAUGGUAUCAAAUCAUUGUAUGCAGCUCAUCUCUAUUGCCAAUUGAAGAAGUACAAAGAAAAUGCACACAAAGAACAAAAACAUUUCACACAUAGUAUGUCAAAGAAUUUUGAAUCUCAAUCACCUACAAAAAAUAAAUUUUCCAUGAAGAAACACCUACAAUACAUAAGGUUUCGCAGUUCAAGUUUGCCGUUGGACAUAGAAGAUCUGCCCAAAUACCAUCUGUUGUUAGAUAAUGAAAAAAUAUUGUGUUCAAAUAUUCGUCUAACUCCUGAAAGCUAUUUAGAAAUUAAACAUGCACUUAUUCAAGAGAAUACCAAGCUGGGCGGAUUACGGUUAUUGGAUGCCAGAAGGAUUGUUAAAAAAGAUGUCAAUAAAACAAGAAAAAUUUAUGACUUUCUCCUUACAGAAGGGUUUGUUAAUAAAAAUGCUAUUAUAUAGUAGUAUUCUAAAUUA